AGGCAUUGGACUAGGAUCUCGCCUAGGUGGAAAACCAGGCGAGGAGAGUGAGAGUGAGUCAGAGCGUUCCCAAUCCGCCACCGCUGGGACUCGCGUCCUAGCCAGACCUAGCCGGGGGAGGCUCUCCAGCUCCCAGAACGCGGCGGGACAGGGAAUGUGACCAGCUGACCAGGGAGGAGGCUGGCAGGAAGUGAGGCCACUAAGCAGUCUCCACCCGGUUCCGGGGUGGGGUGGGGGUCUUAGGCCAUAGCUGGCCCCCCUCCCCUCUUCAGUGGCAGUUCUGGUUGGCGGCUGCCAGAUGACGUCAGCAGCUAAGUUUGGGGAGUUGCCAUGGAGACAGGGACAGGUUUUUGCGCGCGACCCCCUUCUCCCUUGCAGCUACCCUUUUGCCUGGGUUAUUUAUAGCUUCUGUUUACCUCAGUCUACUGUAGCCCUACAGCUGAGUCGGGCUGGACCCAGAGACUCGUGGAGAGGCUCUAGCUAGUGUGACUGAUCAUUUCGCUAGAUUGACAGUACUGUCGGUCCUACUUUCUGUCACAUGCUGGUGUUAUUUAUUGUCCUGACACACAGGAACUAUUGGAGGUCUAUGGAAACUGGGUUUGUGCAGGCAAUUAAGAUUCCAUUCGCUGUUGAGCUGCACGCCUCAUAACCUUUAGGACUUGGAUUCUUUCUCAUGUCCAGAACUCACCUGAGUUGGCAGGAGCUGAGACUUCUGUCUCUUAGCAGCCAGCAUCCACCAGUUGAGAUAGUUCCUCUCCCUUAGCUCCAGGUAGGUGUGAGGAUGGGGGCAGGGGUGUUAACCCUUUCCAUCCUCACCAACAGGGGAGAGUCUGCUUCUCCCAGAAGUGACCAGUCAGAUGUACAUUCUCCAUAGCCAUUUAAUGGCAAUGGGGUGAGGUGGUGGUGGUUGGUGUUACCAACAGUCACCUGUCAUGAUUCCUGACUAUAGAGGUUAAAUGGCAGCAGAGAUGCUGCCAGGGAAAGAAAAUGAAAGGAACAAUCAGAAUCCCAGGACACCUUGAUCCUGUCUCUGUCCAAGGGAGCAGGCCUGCUCCACAAAGUGGGAAGACUCUUUAUUUUUUUAAGAAUUAUUUAUUUAAUAAUAUAUGACUACACUGUCACUCCCUUAGGGCACACCGGAAGAGGGCAUCAGAUCCCAUUACAGAUGGCUGCGAGCCACCAUAUGGUUGCUGGGAAUUGAACUCAGGACCUCUGGAAGAGCAGUCAGUUCUGAGCCAUCUCUUCCGCCCCCUAGUGGGAAGAAUCUUAAGUUGGAUAGGGAAAUCUGGUAGACCCAGAUUUGUGUCCCAUCAUCUAACCACCCUUCUAGCAGGUCAGGAUUGUGUUUCAAAGACUGAGCAGCCUAGCUCCCCAACUCAGCUCCCUCCUCUCAGAUGCUUAGGUGAUGGUGGAGGGCCCAGGAAAUUAGAGUAGUGGGCAAGCAGGUAGGUUCCAGGACCCAGAAGGUAUAGACUGGUGGGAAGAUAGACCCUGGAGAACUACAACUAGCUAUGUGGCCUUGAGGAUCAGAGAGAGGAAGCUAUAGAGGCGCCAAAAAGGGGGAACCAACCCAGGGCAGACUUCCUGGAAGAAGUUCUUGGGAGACAGAAAAAAAUGGGAGGGAGUUAAGCAAGCUAAGAGCAGAGAGAAGAGGAGGCUGGGAUGUAGCUGAGUUGUAGAGUGCUUGCCUAAGGUCCUUAGUUUGAACCUAGCAAAGCACACACACACACACACACACACACACACACACACACACACACACACACUCAGUUUCUCACUAGUGGAAAGUGGGUAUAGGAGGAGUGGGUUUUGCUGCUCAGAUGCUAAGAACUUGAGUGUGGCAGGAGAGGGUCACAGUUGCUAGAGAAGAGGACAGGGGCCUGGGACGGAAGCAUAUUUAUUCUUAUGGGCAGUAGGUAGCUGUGAAUUUUCCAUAAGAGUCUGUAUAAGAUUUAGAGUCUUAGAUCAGAAAGUCUCGGCUUGAAUCUGGUUGAAUCUGGGCCCUGCCACUUGCUAGCUGUGUAGUCUUGGGUAAAUUAAUAUCAUCAGCAAUAGCAGCUAAUACUUGUAGACUCAUGCACUUCUCCCUCCCCUAAACACUCCCUGUAGAUGGCGGCAUCUCAGGCCAUGCUUCCAGCAAUGGUUGUGGUUAUUAUCCUCAUUAGAUCUGAAGUCCAAAAGCUUAAGAGUCUUGCCCAAGGUCACAUAGAGCCAGGUGACCUCAUCCGUGAAGCAGGGUUAAUAAGGCUCACCUACGUAGGUUUUCUUGCUGGAAUUAAAUGAUCUUUGUUCAGCAUAAUGCCUGACACACAGUAAACAUUUUAAAAAGGAUGUUUUUGUUCGUUUGUUCGUUUUUUUUUUUUUAAUUGUUGGUGAAUAAAGAAUGGUUGAUUGCAGGAUAAAGGGGAGACAGUGAGCAUACUGGGAGGCUACUCUAUGAAGCUAGGGUACAGCUGGUAAUAGCUUGGACCUGAUGUGAAGUGUGAAGAUGUGGAUUCCAGAGAACACUGUGUGUGUGUGUGUGUGUGUGUGUGUGUGUGUGUGUGUGUGUGUGUGUGCGUGCGCGCGCAAGCACUUUACCACUGAACUAUACCCCCAGACUUUAAAAUAUAUAUUAAAAUUAUAUAUAUUAAUAAAUUAUAAAUAUUAAAUUAUAUAUAUAUAAUUUUACUCUUUGUGAUAGACUCUUAGUAAGUUAGCCGGGUUGGCCUUGUACCAUCAGCACUGGAUCUAGAGACAUCUAAAAGCUUGAUCCGCCAAGAGUGGGUGGCUGAGUGGAGGUGAGGUGCAACUCAUAGCAGCAAGGAAGAUGACUCCCAGUUUCUGUUUUGAACAACUAGACAUGUAGACGACAGGACUGUCAUGGAGUGGUUAAGAUUGGAGACAUGGUCAGUCCAGUGACCUCAAACCCAGUUCAUCUUCCUUUACAGGCCACUACACACUGUCAGUUAGUUUGUGGGGAGACAUCUGGGAGACAGUUGGAUAAGCAGGCCUAAUACUUACAAGGGUGGUUUGGUCGAGGAUAGAUAAGGCUGCUGACAGAGAGGUACACAGCCCAAGGACCGAAACAAUCAAGUCCACAUGGGGAUAAAGACAAAAACAGGUCCUCUGUGGGGGUUGGGGGGGAAUGUGUGGCUAAAGAGGUAGGUAGAAAAACAGAAGUAUGUUGCUUCUUGAAAUUCAAGAGAAGGAAGGGCUUAAGGAAGAGGAAGGGAACCACCAAGUCGAAUACUUUAUUGAGAUCAAGCAGGAUAAGGACUAGACAUUAGAUAUUGGGUUGAUUCAGGAACAGAGAGGUCAUUGUUGACCUUGUCAAGACUAGCCACAGGAGGGGUGGGUGCAAAAAGCCAGCCAGCCUGGGGACAGGAGCAGGUGGGUGUGGCUAGGAAGUGGAAGUAGACAUUCUUCCGGAAACUCGACUCAGAAGGAGCAGUGCAGGGGGUGAGGAAUGGGGAGAGCCAGACACAGAACACACGGGGGUAGGGGGGUAGUGGUGGUUCUUUUUUAUAGUUACUCAUUUACUCUGCGUGUCUGUCUGUCUGUCUGUCUGUCUGUCUGUCUGUCUUGCUAGGAUUGAAUCCAAAGCUUUGAGCAUACUAAGCAUAUACUUUACCAUUGCACUAAAUUCUAGAUUACCUGUAUUUACUUAAAUCCUACUGUAUGUGCUCUAAUGUGUGCAGAAAAUAGGCAGACACUGUGGCAGCAAGAUUGUUUGAGCCUAAGAAUUUUGAGGUUAGCUUGGGGAAUAUAACUAAGACCCUAUCACUCCUAGACAGAGACACAGACACAGACACAGACAUAGACACACACACACACACACACACACACACACACACACACACACACACAGAGGUCUGCCUAAAUGUACAUCAUGAAACGUUUUGUAAUGGAGCACACCUGUCUAUGAUCAGGAAGUAGAACCUUGCUAACACUUCAGAAGACCCCUUUUGCCUACUUCCAGUUACAGCCUAAGAAUGAACCACUGUCUAACUUAGAACUUCAUUGUUGUAAUAAAACACCAUGACCAAAAACAACUUGGAGAAGAAAGGUUUAUUUCAUCUUAUAUUUCCAGGUAACAGUUAAUCACUGAAGAGAGCUGGGGCGGAACUCAGGCAGGGCAGGAACCUGGAAGCAGGAACUGAAACAGAAGCCUCGGAAGAAUGCUGCUUACUGGCUUGCUUCCCAUGGCUUGCUCAGUUUGCUUGCUUGCUUUCUUUCUUUCUUUUUUUUUUUUUUUAAAGAUUUAUUUAUUUUAUGUAUAUGAGCACACUGUAGCUGUCUUCAGACACACCAGAAGAGGGCAUCGGAUUCCAUUACAGAUGGUUGUGAGCCACCAUGUGGUUGCUGGGAAUUGAACUCAGGACCUCUGGAAGAGCAGUCAAUGCUCUUAACCGUUGAGCCAUCUCUCCAGCUCUCAGUUUGCUUUCUUUUUUUUUUUUUUUUUUGUUCUUUUUUUUUCGGAGCUGGGGACUGAACCCAGGGCCUUGCGCUUCCUAGGUAAGCGCUCUACCACUGAGCUAAAUCCCCAGCCCCCUCAGUUUGCUUUCUUAUACAUCUCAGGUAGCAUGCCCAGCGGUAGCACCGCUCCCCAGUUGGGCUCUCCCACAUCCAUCAUUAAUCAAGAAUAACUAGAAAACCAGUUGUGGUGGCACCUGCCUUUAAUCCCAGCACUCAGGAGGCAGAGGCAGACAGAGUUCAAGGUUAACCUGGUCUCCAUAGCAAGUUUCAGGCCAGCCAAUCAAAGCUAAACAGCUAGAUCCUGUCUCAAAAAACCCAACCAAACAAAACAACAACAACAACAACAACAAAAGGCUUCUUGCCUACAGGCCAACUUAAUGGAGAUAUUUUCUCCAGUAAGAUUCUCUUCUCAAAUAUGUCUAGGCUGUGUCAAGUUAGAAGAAACCAACUAGGAUAAUUACUAAUCUAACCUCUUCCAUCAUAAAUUAGUUUUGUGUGCUUUUUGUUCUGUUUUUGUCCUAGUUUUUUGAGUCAGGGUCUCAUGUAGCCUAGGAUAGCCUUGUAGCCUAGGAUAGCCAUGAACUUCUGAUCCUUCUGCCUCUGCCUUCUGAGCAAUGAGAUAACAGGGAUGGGCCAACAUGCCCAGCACUUUCACACUUGUUUUUGAAAAUCAUUUUCAAGGGAAUAGUGUCUCCUUACUUGUAUAUUGUGUCUGUCACACGUUAAUAUACCUGUAAGGUUCUCCUAUACUAUGGCAUGUAUUUUGUUUAUUUUUCAUACUUUUAAUCACAUGGUGAUUCUGUUAUUAUCAAUGGGCAUUUGGAUAGUUUUCAGUUUUAAUGUGAGAGUGACUUGAAUUUACUGGUGAGUUGAAUAGAAAGUCAGAGGCAUCCAUCUUUUCUGAGAAGGGAAAAAAAGACUAGAGCCAUACAGGACAGUUUCUCAGGUAGGAAGUGAGAACCAUCUGUGGUUGAGGAUUGCACUGUGAGUCUAUGAUUCCAGCCAGGCUGCUGUGCCAAGACCUCUGGGCUCGAUCCAGGCUGAGUGUAGGAGCUGCAAGGACAGGGAGGUGGUUUGCCAGGAUUGGUUUCUGCUAGGGAAGACAGAAGUGCAGAACGCUGGGGAUGCUAACAGCAGGCAAGAGACAGAAGGCUGGCUGUGAUUGUAGGCUGGGAAGAGGAUGUGCAGAGAAGGUAGGGGAAGGAAGGUGGGAGGGAGCUGGAAGAGAAGGCAAGCAGAGGCGGACAGUGAUCUGUGUGCACAGUGGUGUCUGUGAAAUUCUGGGCUGUAUCUCCAGUGAUUAGCAUGUGUUUGUCAUUCAGUGGGGAGCUGAAUAAAUGAGUUUGGGCCCAGGGGACCAGUGGUCUCAGGUACCAAACAGAAGCAGUAGUGGUAAUGGAGAGAUCACAGUGAGGCUGUGGUUUAGGAAAAGGGCAUUCCUGAGCCAGUGAUUAGGCUAUGGUGUUGGGUAGGGGGUGGGGGGUGAAAUGUGGGUAAAGGGUUCGGUAGGCAGGUCACAGGAACACACAGUUCAUGCUGGAUGUUCACGUAAGAGAUGUUGGGAUCAAGAAAGCCAGUACAAGGGGAUUCAGGACUUGAGGGGGGAGCCAUGGGUAGAAGAAACCAGGCUGGGUAGUAGGACUUGAUCCCUUUCCUUUGUCCAAGAGAAAGAAAAGACACAGAUGCAAGGGGGCUUUGGGGAUAGCCUCUUCCCUUCAUCUCCUCUCAGCUUCUUCAGAAUCCUUAUGAUUCAGUGUCAUCCACUGGUACAACUUCUGCUCUCAAUCCUACUUUCUUCUUUCUUCCUUCUUUCUUCCUACUUUCUUCCUUCACACAUAUAGAACCCAGUCAGUCUGUGUUGAAUCUCUUCUCAGCAGCCACAUUUUAUUGAUAUUUUGCCUGUAUAUAUCUGUGUGAGGGUGUCAUAUCCCCUGGAAUUGGAGUUACAGACAGUUGUGAGCUGCCAUGUGGGUGCUGGGAAUUGAACCUGGGAUCCUCUGGAAGAGAAGCCAGCACUCUUAACCGCUGGGCCAUCUCUCCAGUCUCUUGGACACCUUUCUAUUACAGUCUCCCAUAGUUCUCUUCAUUUUGUCCUUCCAUAUUUAUUCUGGUGUUCAACUCCCUUCACUGGCGUCCCUAGCCACAAACCCUGUGUCGGCCCAUUACGGAGGGAAGUCCCUAGUAACCCCUUGCAGAGGCUAAGGAGACUGAGGUUCGGCGCCCCCCCUAGUCCGGGAGACCAGUCCCGCCCCAUCCCGGCGGGCUGAGUCAGGAGGCAGGAACUGGGCGGGCGGGAGGCGUCGAGAGCAGCCAGAAACCUGGGCCAGAGCCGCUGGCAGUGAGCUUGGAGCCCAACUGGGCUGGUACCAAAAAGCCCCGAGCUAGCGGGGCACAGUGGGUGACCGAGAGUCGGGGGCCGUCCGGAACUUACUAUGAACUCCAAAAAGAGAGGGAGCCCCGCGCGAACUCAUUCCAUGAUGUCCCUGUCGGUGCGGCCGCAGCGCCGCCUGCUCAGCGCCCGGGUCAGUAGGAGCCAGUCCUUCGCAGGCGUCCUCGGCAGCCAAGAGCGCGGGCCCAGGAACUUCACGGUCUUCAGCCCACCAGGGCCUCAACGGAAGCCUUUAGUGCUCUCCCGAGUGUCAAGGAUGUUUUCUGUGGCCCACCCAGCCCCCAAGGUGCCACAGCCUGAGAGGCUGGACCUGGUAUAUGCUGCUCUUAAGCGGGGACUGACGGCCUACUUGGAAGUGCAUCAGCAAGAGCAGGAGAAGCUCCAGCGCCAGAUAAAGGAGUCCAAGAGGAAUUCCCGCCUAGGAUUCCUGUAUGACUUGGAUAAGCAAGUCAAGUCCAUUGAACGUUUUCUUCGACGACUGGAAUUCCAUGCCAGUAAGAUUGAUGAGCUGUAUGAAGCAUACUGUGUCCAGCGGCGUCUCAGGGAUGGUGCCUACAACAUGGUUCGUGCUUAUAGCACUGGGUCCCCAGGGAGUCGAGAGGCCCGAGACAGCCUGGCUGAGGCCACCCGAGGCCAUCGAGAGUAUACAGAGAGCAUGUGUCUUCUGGAGAAUGAGCUGGAGGCACAGCUGGGCGAGUUUCAUCUCCGGAUGAAAGGGUUGGCUGGGUUCGCCAGGCUGUGUGUGGGCGAUCAAUAUGAGAUCUGCAUGAAAUACGGCCGCCAGCGCUGGAAGUUACGAGGCCGAAUAGAGAGUAGUGGAAAGCAAGUGUGGGACAGUGAAGAGACUGUCUUUCUUCCUCUGCUCACAGAAUUCCUGUCUAUCAAGGUGACAGAAUUAAAAGGACUGGCUAACCAUGUAGUCGUGGGCAGUGUCUCCUGUGAGACCAAGGACCUGUUUGCCGCCCUGCCCCAGGUUGUGGCUGUGGAUAUCAAUGAUCUCGGCACUAUCAAGCUCAGCCUAGAAGUCAUAUGGAGUCCCUUUGACAAGGAUGACCAGCCUUCAGCUGCUUCUACAGUCAACAAAGCUUCCACAGUCACCAAGCGGUUUUCCACAUAUAGCCAGAGUCCACCAGAUACACCCUCACUUCGGGAGCAGGCUUUUUAUAACAUGUUACGGCGGCAGGAGGAGUUAGAGAAUGGGACAGCAUGGUCCCUGUCAUCCGAAUCUUCUGAUGAUUCAUCCAGCCCGCAGCUCUCAGGCACUGCUCGAUACUCAUCAACUCCCAAGCCUCUGGUGCAACAGCCUGAGCCCCUGCCUGUCCAAGUUACCUUCCGAAGGCCAGAGAGCCUCUCCUCUGGUUCCAUGGAUGAAGAGCCACCUCUGACCCCAGCCCUGGUCAAUGGGCAUGCCCCUUACAGUCGGACUCUCAGCCACAUCAGUGAAGCCAGCGUGGAUGCUGCCUUGACUGAGGCCAUGGAAGCUGUGGACUUAAAAUGCCCAGCCCCAGGGCCUAGCCCACUUGUAUAUCCAGAGUCCACCCAUGUGGAGCAUGUCAGUAGUGUUCCUCCUGUUGCAGACAAUGGCCGUUCUGCCACAAGUCCUGCCCUAAGUACAGCUGGCCCUGCCCCCACAUUUAUAGACCCUGCCUCAUCUACACAGCUAGACUUAGUUCACAAAGCCACAGACUCUGGCUCUUCUGAGUUGCCAAGCAUCACACAUACUAUGGCAAGCUCUACAUAUAGUGCUGUGAGCCCGAUCAACAGUGUUCCAGGCCUAACUUCCACCACUGUAGGUUCUACCCACAAACCCAUGCCCUCUCCCCUCACCUCUACAGGCUCUAUCCCCAGUGUCACAGACUCAAUCCAGACUACCACAAGCCCAACUCACACCACCCCAAGCCCUACCCACACUACUGUAAGCCCUACACAUAGCACUCCAAGUCCCACCCAUACCACUGUAAGUCCCAGCAAUGCUGCUCUAAGCCCCAGCAAUGCUACUCCAAGCCUCAGCCACAGUACCACUAGUCCUACUCAAAAAGCCACGAUGUCAACUCAUACCACUAGUGCUGUGGGCCCAGUCCAGACCACUACAAGUCCCAUUUCUACAACUGUAAGCCCCUCCCCUUCUGUAGACACUGCUAUAAUCUCCAGUUCCUCUGCAGUACCCUCUGUCCCAGGCCCUGAAGCACGGCCUUGUAGUCACCCAACCUCUACUCCCUACACUAAAGCAGACCCCACAGCAGCCUGCACCUCUUCUCCGAGUCUUGCUUCCUCUGGUCCAAAACCCCUCACAAGCCCUGCCCCAGACUCGCUAGAACAAAUCCUUAAGAGCCCAAGUUCCUCUCCGUCAUCCAUAGUCCCUGAACCCCAACGUUCAGAACUUAGCCUGGCCUUGGUUGCUCAAGCCCCAGUCCCUGAAGCCACUGGAGGAGCUGGGGACAGAAGGCUCGAAGAGGCUCUCAGGACCCUAAUGGCUGCCCUGGAUGAUUAUCGAGGUCAGUUCCCUGAGCUCCAGGGCCUGGAGCAGGAGGUGACUCGGCUGGAGAGUCUGCUCAUGCAGAGGCAAGGCCUGACUCGAAGCCGGGCCUCCAGUCUUAGCAUCACCGUGGAGCAUGCCCUGGAGAGCUUCAGCUUCCUCAAUGAUGAUGAAGAUGAAGACAAUGACAGUCCUGGGGACAGGCCCACAAGCAGCCCAGAGGUUGUGGCUGAGGAAAGACUAGACUCAUCAAAUGCCCAGUGUCUAAGCACAGGGUGUUCAGCCCUGGAUGCUACCUUGGUCCAGCACCUGUACCACUGCAGCUGCCUCCUGCUGAAACUGGGCACAUUUGGGCCCCUGCGCUGCCAGGAGGCAUGGGCCCUGGAACGGCUGCUGAGGGAAGCUCGAGUGCUCCAGGAAGUGUGUGAGCACAGCAAGCUGUGGGGAAAUGCUGUCACAUCUGCCCAGGAAGUGGUACAGUUCUCUGCCUCUCGGCCCGGUUUCCUGACCUUUUGGGACCAGUGUACAGAGGGACUCAACCCCUUCCUCUGCCCUGUGGAGCAGGUGCUCCUCACUUUCUGCAGCCAGUAUGGUGCCCGUCUUUCCCUGCGCCAGCCAGGCUUAGCCGAGGCUGUGUGUGUGAAGUUCCUGGAAGAUGCUCUGGGGCAGAAGCUGCCCAGGAGGCCCCACUCAGGCCCCGGGGAGCAGCUCACCAUCUUCCAAUUCUGGAGUUAUGUAGAAGUCUUGGACAGCCCCUCCAUGGAAGCCUAUGUGACAGAGACCGCAGAGGAGGUGUUACUGGUACAGAACCUGAACUCCGAUGACCAGGCAGUUGUGCUGAAGGCUCUAAGGUUAGCCCCAGAGGGGCGCCUGAGGAAGGAUGGGCUUCGGGCUCUUAGCUCCCUGCUGGUCCACGGCAAUAGCAAAGUCAUGGCUGCUGUCAGCACCCAGCUUCGGAGCCUGUCACUUGGUCCUGUCUUCCGGGAAAGGGCUCUUCUGUGCUUCCUGGACCAGCUUGAGGAUGAGGAUGUGCAGACUCGAGUGGCCGGGUGCCUGGCUUUGGGCUGUAUCAAGGCUCCUGAGGGCAUUGAGCCCCUGGUGUACUUGUGUCAAACAGACACAGAAGCUGUGAGGGAAGCUGCCCGGCAGAGCCUCCAGCAGUGUGGUGAGACCGGGAAGUGGGAGACACAAGUUAAGGGGAUUUGGGAUCUUGGCUAUUGGGUGUGGGGUGAGGUAAUGCCAGGGAAGGGAAGGCCCAGAAGAUGCCAGGGCCACUCUUGACCCUUAUCUUUUUGUACAUAACAGGGGAAGAAGGACAGUCUGCUCAUCGCCAGCUAGAGGAGUCCCUGGAUGCCCUGCCCUGCCUCUUUGGGCCCAGCAGCAUGGCCAGCACAGCAUUCUGAACUCUGAUUGCCAGCUCCCAGUGCUCCUUCCCUCAUUUUCAGGGCUCACUAGGCACUGGCAGGGAGGGUGAGGGCUGGUUCCAGUCACCUCUCCCCACAAAUUCCUAUCAAUGAAAAUCUAAUAUAUUCUUCUGUUAUCACUGGGGUUGGUAGAAUGCCUGAAAUGAAGUGCCUCCCAGCCGGUUCUGCAUAGCCACAAACAGUGUCAGGGGCCUGACCGUUUGGUCAGCUUGCUCUGCCUCACCACAUCCCUUGGUUUUGUAUUUUAUUUACAGAGUUUUACAGAUAAUAAAAAAGCAAAAUGUGUUUCCUACGUGGCUUGGUGCACGCCCGAGCCUCUGCUCCAA